AUGGAGUUUGAAUUAACUGGAACCAAUCAUAAAGCUGUUCAAGGUUGGAGAUUUGAUAAUAGUGGAUAGGAACCACUUAAACAAUAAUUAAUUGAACCAUAAGAACCAUAAAUCUAAACAUUAGGGUUUUUCGAAAAAAUUAAGAAUUAAUUUAAUGAUCUUCUUAAACCACCUGAUAAAGAUGUUGAAUAAAGAAUUAUUUAUUUAGAUGGAAAAGUCUACCCUUAAAACAAUAUGCCAAAUAUAGUUAAAAACUAAAAGUACAAUAUUUUGUCAUUUGUUCCAAUGGUGCUCUAUCAACAGUUUAAAUACUUUUUUAAUCUAAUAUUUUUGAUGAUCACAUUAUCUUAAUUUGUUCCAUUACUAAAAGUGGGUUUUUUAUUUAGUUAUGUCGCUCCAUUAGCAUUCGUAUUGAUCUUAACCUUACUUAAAGAGGCAUAUGAUGAUUUUUAAAGGUAUAAAAGAGAUAAAGAGGCAAAUUCAUAAGAAUAUGCAUAAAUAGGAAAGGAUAAAACUACAUAACUCUAAAGUUGGUAAUUAAAAGUAGGAGACAUUAUUGAGGUACAUGCCAAUUAAAGGAUACCAGCAGAUUUAAUAUUGCUCCACACAAAUGAUGUUACAGGAACGGUUUUUAUAAGGACUGAUUAGUUGGAUGGAGAAACUGACUGGAAAUUAAGGAAAGCAAUAAGACAUACAUAAAAUUAUGGUCAAAAUAAAAAUCUAACAACACUUAAUGCCUCAAUAACUUGUGAACCACCUAAAUUGGAUAUUUAUGAUUUUAAAGGUUUAUUUAAAUUAGAGGUAGGAGGUGGAGAAGGUUAGAGAGAAGCAUUGUCAUUAGAUAAUACACUUUGGUGUAAUACAUUUUUAGCUUCAGGAAAAAUAUAAGCUGUUGUAGUUUAUACUGGAAAAGAAUGUAGAUCUGCAUUAAAUUCAAGAGAACCUAGGACUAAAAUGGGAAGAUUAGACAAUGAAUUAAAUUAAUUAGCAAAAUUAUUAUGUGUCCUUUUAGUUUGUACAGCAUUUACUAUUGUAUUAAGUAGUGGAUUUUAAAAUGAAUGGUUACUAUAAUUAUUUAGACAUGUUCUAUUAUUAAGUUCAAUUAUACCAAUAUCUUUAAGAGUUAAUCUAGACUUUUCUAAAUUAUACUUUUCCUAUUGUAUUUCAAAUGAUAAAGAUAUUGAUGGAUCACUUGCAAGAAAUAGCACAAUUCCUGAAGAAUUAGGUAGAAUAUCUUAUGUUUUAACUGAUAAAACAGGUACAUUAACUUAAAAUACAAUGAUUUUUAAGAAACUAUCAUUGGAAAGAAUGUCUUUUUCAGUUGAAACUUUAGGUUUAUUAAAGAAAAUGAUUAAGAAACAUUGUACUAAUAGUAAAUAUCCAAUGGAAGAUGUAUUGAAGAAAUAUUAAGAAUCAGGAGGUAGAAAAAUAAAAGCUUUCAAAAGAAAUAAAGAUUAGAUUGUUAGAGAUUUAAUAUCAGCUUUAUCAUUAUGCCAUAAUGUUACACCAGUAGAAGAAGAUGGAUAAAGAACAUUCUAAGCCAGCAGUCCAGAUGAAAUUGCUUUAGUUAAUUUUGCAGAAGAUGUUGGAUUCAAAUUAGUUAAUAGAUAGUUAUAAGAAAUAAAUAUUAUAAAUGCAGGGGGAACACCAGAAUCAUAUAAAAUAUUAUAUGAAUUUCCAUUUACAUCAGAAAGAAAAAGAAUGGGAAUAAUUUUAUAGAUCCAAGGAUAAAAAGGUGCAAUAUUUUAUUUAAAAGGAGCUGAUUCAGUAAUGAAAUAGAAAGUGCCAGAAGUAUAAAGAGGAUUUUUAAUGGAUGAAUGUGAAAGUCUUAGUAGAGAAGGAUUAAGAACUUUAGUAAUAACUUAAAAGUAUUUGACAGAGGAUGAUUUAAAGAAUUUUACAACAGAAUAUGAGAAAGCAAAGAAUUAAAUGGAAGAUAGAGAAGCACGUUGCUCAAAAGUAUUAGAUUUUUAUGAAAAUGAUAUGGAACUAUUAGGAUUAACAGGAGUUGAAGAUAUGCUUUAAGAAGAUAUUUAUGCAACUUUAGAAUCUUUAAAAAAUGCUGGUAUUUAAAUUUGGAUGUUAACUGGAGAUAAAGUAGAAACAGCAUAAUGUAUAGCUAUUUCUACUGGUUUGAAAAGUCCAACUUAAGAAAUGUUUGUGAUUAAAGACAUUGAAGAUUCUUUAAUUUUACAAAAUGAACUUAAUUAAUUUGCUUUAAAAAAUAAUAGCGUAUUAGUUAUAGAUGGAUAAUCAUUAAAAAUAGCUCUUGAAUUUCAGCAUACUGCAUUUUUCCAUGUUGCUUGUAAUGCUCCAGCUGUAGUAUGUUGUAGAUGUUCACCAACAUAAAAAGCUUAAGUAACUGAGUUGAUUAAAGAACAUACAUAAAAGACAGUUUUAUCAAUCGGAGAUGGAGGAAAUGAUGUAGCUAUGAUUUAAGCAGCAGAUGUUGGAGUAGGUAUAGUAGGCAAAGAAGGAAAAUAGGCAGCUUUAGCUAGUGAUUUUUCUAUUUUGAAAUUUAAACAUUUAGCUGUAUUAUUACUAUGGCAUGGUAGAUUAUCAUAUAAAAGAACUGCAGUAAUGGCAUAAUUUGUCAUGCAUAGAGGUUUAGUUAUUGCAUCUAUAUAAACCAUAUUCUCCAUUAUAUUUUACUUUGUAGCAAUCCCAAUAUAUAAUGGUUGGCUUAUGUUAGGGUAUGCUACUGUUUACACUAUGUUUCCUGUUUUUUGUUUAAUUUUUGAUUAAGAUGUUACCAAAGAAAAGGCACUCGAAUAUACAGAAUUAUAUAAAGCCUUGCUUAAAGGUAGAGAAUUGACAGUCAAGACCUUUUUGCUUUGGCUAUUUAAAUCUAUUUAUUAAGGUAUUUGAUUUAAAUAUAUUAUUUAGCUGCUGUCAUUAUGGUAUAUAGUUUUGCUGUUUUUCAAAAUACUUUUCUUGAUUUAGUUACAGUUACAUUUAGUAGUUUAAUUGUUGCUGAAUUAUUAAAUGUUUUUACGGAAGUUAAUAAUUUUAGAUUGGUAAUGUUUUUAGCAGAGUUAUUCACAUUAGGAAUUUAUGCAGGAUCCAUUAUUUUUUUAUAGAGUUAUAUCAAUUUAGCAGACAUUGAUUAAAAAUUCAUUAUAAAUGUCUUAAUUUUAGUACUUAUUAGUUGGUUACCAUUACAUAUUGUAAAAUUAAUACUUAGAAAAUGGGAUCCAUCUGAAUCAGAUAAGAUUAUGUAAAAAAUUAGAAUUAGAAAGUGA